CGGAAGUCGGAGCCGGCUGGUGAGGGUGUCCGGGGAUCAUGGCCGCUCCGCAGCUCCGGGACCGGCUGAGCUUCUUACACCGACUCCCAAUUCUGAUGAAAGGAACGUCUGAUGAUGAUGUCCCAUGCCCUGGCUACCUGUUUGAAGACAUUGCUAAAAUUUCUCAUGAGUCAGUGGGAAGCAGCCAAUGUCUGUUGGAGUACCUCCUGAACCGCUUACAGAGCAACUCCUGCCAUGUUAAACUCAAGGCACUGAAAAUCUUACUCUACAUGUGUAGCCAUGGCUCUACAUCCUUUCUGCUUGCACUCAAACGCAAUUCUUCCUUCAUCCAGGAAGCAGCAGUAUUUGGUGGUCUCCCAGAUCCUCUUCAUGGAAACAGCUUGUAUCAGAAGGUCCGAGCGGCUGCCCAGGACUUGGCAAGUGCUUUGUUUUCUGAUACUUUGUUGCCAUUGUCAUCCACUCAGUCUCCUAGGUCUCUUCCUUCAACAGGUAUGGGAUCGCAGUCCGGUUCCUGUAGCACCCUCCAAGGUUUUGGCUACACCAAGGGCAGGGGGAGCUCUGGCUUUGCUGGUGGAGCUCUUCUCACCACCAUCCAGAAGGCUGCCGAGGUAGUGGCUAAUGCUGUGCUGCCUGGCCACGGGAGUCCCACUGUCCAGAGCCAAGGGCUGAGAGAAGAUGCCUACCAGCCUGUAGUAGCACCCUCUGCUGGCCAAGGCCACUUUGCUCCUAGGAAACCGCCACCUGGGCCCAGCCCGAGUGUCCGAGUGAGGCACCAGCCUGGGCAGGCGGGGGGCGGCUGGGAGGAGAUGGACAGUGACCCCAGCUCCCAGAACUCAUCUCAGGAGAAUGGGGAACUCAGCCGAGCCUCCAACUCUGGCAGUAAAUCCGACAGCGACAGCCACUCGGGAGCCAGCCGGGAGAUGGGUGACGUAACAGAAAGGGUAGAGGCUGUGCCAUUGAGUGACUGUCUACAAGAGAUGAGUCUUGUGAGCACCAUGACCCAGGGGCCUCGGGUCUUUCUGACUCGAGAGGAGGUGCAGCAUUUCAUCAAAGAGUGUGGGCUGCUCAACUGUGAAGCAGUCCUGGAACUCUUGAACCGGGAACUUGGGAGACCCAAUGAAUGUGUUCAGAUGAGAGCCAUGUGCGCCAUCUUCUCCCUCAUGUGCUCAGAUCUGCUUUCCCAGGACCAUAUCUUCUUUGUCAUCCAACCGAAGCUGCAGCAGCUUAGUGAGGGGAGCCCUGGCCCUGUGACCAACAAGGCAACCAAGAUCUUGAGGCACUUUGAGGCCCUGUGCCGAAAUCAUCCCACUCACAAAAGACCUCCAUCUCAGGCCAGUACUGGUGCAUCCCGCCCCUCUUUCUGCCCAUCUGAUCUCCUGACAGAUGUUUCUCCAUUUGCUGGAGGGGAGUCAUUCCUUCAACCCAUGAGUUCAUCCUCUUCCCUGCCCAGGGGCACAGCCCUAGCAUCCUCAUCACACCAGGAAAUACCUCCUGUCUCAGCCCAGGGAGACAUGGCUCCUGGUGGAAGAAGCAUGGAGGAGGCUGAAACCAGAUUGGCAGUUUCAGGUGAGCCGGGGCCUGGAUCUAGCCAAGACUCAUCAGGCACUAACACUACAAACGGCAGAUUGAAACCGGACACCGACCCUGAAAGCAGCCUUUUGACCCCUACAGCUGGCACUUGCUCUUUGUUUGCUGGCAUGGAGUUGGUGGCUCACACAGGCGUGGUUGUGACUGGGGCUGCUAAAGAAGAGCUGCUCCAGUUAGCCUCAAGUUCUGAGGCUCCAUGGAUAUCAUCCCAAGAAGCUACCUCUCAUGAGGCUCCUAGUCCAGAACUAUCUGCCUUUGCCUUUUUAAAUGCAUGAAUGGCCAACAUUUGAGGCUGGGGCACUGCCCCUUGUCUUCCUUGUCUUGAGAAGGACACUGCACAUCUGUCUGCCUUUGACUGUCUCUUGGCUUCCUUCUUACCUUGUAUUAUCACACAUGUGCUCAUGGGCCCUUCUGGGGGUCUCCAAAGUGUAAUUUCCACUCUUGUGUUAUCUCAUCAUCCCAGUCAUCAUCCCUCUUUGCUGUGUCUGCAUCCUUCCUCUGGGGGAACUCUCACUACCUCCAAACCAAUUCCUAGUAAUGGCAACCCUACAAUAACUAAGCAGGCCACUGUAAUAGCCAAUAUCCAAGUGAGAAACAGAAAGCACCGGUGUUCAUCUUGGGUUUUUUGAUCAGCAACAGGAAAAGGGAAAUUAUUUUAAAUGUAUAGGGAAUGUCCCACGUAUUAUUUCCAGAGCAUUCAGAAAGAAUAAAACCAGGAGGUUUCUGAUCAAUGCUGAACCUUCCUCAAACAUUAUAAGAAGAAUGAGCAGAUUUGAUCCCUUCUCAAAACCUGUGUUUCCACCAUUAAUGUUUGUUUCCCUCUAGUAGAGCUGGUUUCAUAUUUCAGAGUCGUACAUGCCUUAUGUGUGUGUAAUUUUCCAUGGAACUUUUAAAGAAUUAGGCCACUAGUUAAGUUGAUCAGGAUUAUUAUGGGACCCUGAUCAUUGCUAGUACAGGAAUGUGAGUGACAUAGGUGCCCUAGCACCAGAAGGAGCUCUGGCCCCUCUCCAGCAGUUAAGGACUCUGUUUAACAAUACCUUGUGGCCUUAGGAGAGAGGGUGGAUCCUAGACCACACUGCUGGGCCUUCCUGACUUUGGGAAAGGGGAGUUUGGUAAGGUGGUGGUUAGGAAACUUGGCUUUCUUGGGCUGUACUCAUCUUAACAGAAUUUGUGAGUUCUCUCCAGAGUUUACACUCGGCAGGCUCAUGGUUAGUGAGUCUCCAGAUCCCUUAGCCAAUUUAAGUGUGGCUCUAAACAUUCAACCAGGCCCUUUCUGGCUCUAUCUUGAGAGUGUGCUCUUUUGGCAAUUUAAGCAUUCAGUUGCAUACUGUUUCAGGUGGAGCAUUGUUAAGAACUCAUCAAGCAGAAAAAAAGACCUUCAGGCCUUACAGGAAGUGCCUGUCUUCACUCCUUAAUGAUCAAAAGGGUUUGAAGAGGAAAGAAUCAUCCUUGUAUGAUCAUAUAUCCCAUAGAACCUGGGGAGAGAAUCCUUUGGUUGAUUUCCCUCUGGGGAAUCCAUUCUGUGAGAUCCAACAGAUGUUUCCUUCGUAUCUUUCACCCUGACAGGUCAACUCUGAGUCACAUUGAGGGCUAAAGAUCUCUGAAUAGGUGGUGUAGAGGAGUUGUAUGUAGUCCCAGAUGGCCUUUGGCUAUGUUUUAAGGUCCAUUAGUGAGAGAACAUAGAAAUCUGUCCACAGGGUGAGAUAACAGGUCACAGGGCUUUAGCCUGAGCUACUGUAAUUUCUAGAUCAUUUGAAAUUGGGUCGGUCUUAACUUCUUUUGGAAGGCAGUAGCUGACAUUUCAAGGAAUGUUGCCCGUUGCUGUGUCUUCUUUUCCUUCCCCAUCUCUCCUCUAGCUUUGGCCUGCUCAUUUGGAUUUGGAUUCCUAUGGUGCUUGAGAGCAGGUUGCAAAGGUGCUUCCAGAAACACUGACCCUCUGCUUUUUGGCCUGAACACUACCAAAGCCAGGGAGGGCCACUCGCCAACUGCUGGAUCAGUGCCUCUAGAACAAGAGAGAUCUAGGCAGUUUUGCCCUCUAUGAUUUAGAAACUCCAAGUAAUCCCUUUGUUUUUUAUCCUGGGAUGUGUGUAUGUUUGUGUGUGUGUGUGUGUGUGUGUGUGUGUGUGUGUUCCUCCUGAAAAUUAUUUUUUUAAAUGCCUUGCCAUUCUGCAGAAAAUCUUCCUUGCUACAUGGUAAUUAUGAUAUCUCCAAACUAUACCACCACCUUCCUCACUCCCAAGUAAUGGAGAUUUCACAAGUGUCCAGUUGAAGGAGUGUACUCUAGGUCAAGGUUACAUCUUGUGGUCUAGCCUGCUGUUUUUUGACACUUUUUUUUUUUUAUUCUUGUGUUGGUCUUCUGUUAAGCGUCUCUACUUUUUGGCCAUACUUACUCUUGCCAUAAAUUGUUUAAAACUGUGAGGGUUGGGGAGAGCCCUGGAAGCAGGGAACAGGGAGCAUCCCAUCUCUGUGGAACUCAUGAAGGGUGCUGGUUGUUUAUACUUUCUUAAUAAACACUAUUGGAUAUUUACGUUGAGCAGAAA